AUGAGUGAUCUCCACGAUCUUUGCCAUUUCACUGAACGUCCCAUUACGAAGUCGUAUAUUACUACUCUUCGUCAGUACUUAAAACUGGGGAUUCCUCUGACAUAUACCGUUGAAGAAGCAUACAACUACACCAAGGGCAUUGAAACAGAUCCAACAUCUACUACUACACCUUUACAUCUUGUGUGCCGACACUAUCCUGAAGAUGCUACUGAUGAUGAAAUAAAGAUUGUGGAAGAGUUUGUUUCAGUGUUACUUGAGUACGGUGCAGGAUGGUGUCUUGUUGACGACAAAGGUGACACUCCAGGAUGUACGUUAGUCAAACGUGAACUUAGAAACAGCCCUAUUUAUAGACAAAUUGUGGAAAGUGGUGUAAGAGCUGAAUUACUAUUGCGUAAGGUGGAAGAGUAUCAGGUUGAAUUCAUAGAAGAAGAUCAAAUAGAAAGUCAAACAAAUGAAACCCAACCAGAGGAACCAGAAGAGCAUAUAGAAACAGAAGCUAAAGAUCAAGAGGCUUCCACUUCGAAGUAUUCUGAAAAGCCAGAUGCAGCCUGUGAUCAACAAACGUAUCUUUCAACGAAACUCGAGUAUACUGACGAUGCUCUUCUCACAAAAGAUGCCAAAGAUGGAGUCAUGAUGGAUUGGGAAACUGAUUUAAUGCAUUUAGGAGCCCAAUCACUUUUCAAAGGAGGAAAGCUCCUGGACAGCGAGAGUGAGCUUGAUUCAGAAAUAAAUGUUCUCAAUAUUGGUUUUGGAAUGGGAAUUAUUGAUACCAAAAUUCAAGAACUAGCUGCACAAAGUCCAUCAACUGUUACUCAUUAUAUUUGCGAAGCUCACCCUGAUGUGCUUUUAAAGAUGCGCAAAGAUGGAUGGUACGAUAAACCCAACGUGGUUGUUCUUGAGGGCCGUUGGCAGGACCAAUUGGAUGACAUUCUUCAAAAAGGUGGAGUGUUUUUCAACGGGAUCUAUUAUGAUACAUUUUCAGAGCAUUAUGAAGAUAUGUUGGAACUAUUUGAUUAUGUUGUCGGACUUUUAAAGCCUCAUGGAGUAUUUUCAUUUUUCAAUGGUCUUGGUGCUGAUAGAUGGGUAGUGUACGACGUUUAUCGUAAGUUGGUUGAAUUAGACUUGUCUAAUUAUGGACUCUCAUGUGUUUACACAGAUGUCAAUAUCCCCAACCAUACUAAAAAGGAAGAUGGAUCUGUUUGGGAUGAUGUCAAAAGAUCGUAUUUUGAAUGCCCUGUUUACUAUCAUCCUGAAAUCCGUUUUAUAGAUAUAUAA